UCCGGGCGGGGCGUACGGCGGCCGGGAGGUCGGCGGGAUGGAGUCGGUGGUCUUCAUCUUCUCGCUUAUCGACUGCUGCGCUCUCAUCUUCCUCUCCGUCUACUUCAUAAUUACACUGUCAGAUUUGGAAUGCGACUACAUCAACGCGAGGUCUUGCUGCUCAAAACUCAAUAAAUGGGUUGUCCCUGAGGUGAUUGGCCAUGCUGUUGUCACUGUAUUAAUGCUUAUUUCAUUGCACUGGUUCAUCUUCCUCCUUAAUUUGCCAAUAGCAACAUGGAAUAUAUAUCGGUUUAUUAUGGUGCCAAGUGGAAACAUGGGGGUAUUUGAUCCCACAGAGAUCCAUAACCGGGGACAACUGAAAUCGCACAUGAAAGAAGCUAUGAUCAAGCUAGGCUUUCAUCUGCUCUGUUUCUUCAUGUACCUUUACAGCAUUAGGCAGAGCAUCUCUUGACUUGGGAGAAAGAACAUUAUCAACAGAGAAAGAGCCUGACGUGGUCUGUUUUCUGGGAUCAGCUGCAAGGGAUUUAACAACUCCAUCAGCCUGAAGCUUUCCUCAUUCUGCUGGCUGAAAAAUGCCUCAAAAGAAAAUGGGCUAAGAACAAUCUUCAAAGAACAGAAAUAACAGGAGCAAACACACAGACUUUCUCAAGGCCUCUCCUAUUUCAUUCUGUUCAUUAUUCCUUGGUCUACAUUAGACACUGCCAGGUCUCUAUCUGAACCGAUCUGAAAAGGAACUGAGUCACAUCUGACACCUCUCAUCCUGCAGCUUCUCUGCAACUGCUGCAUUUUUUUUUUUAAACUAAUCCCAGUGGAAGGGUAGCCUGCCACUUCUACAGCACCUCAUUUGAGAGGCAAGAGGAACAGGAUGCUAUCAUUUUUUCCUUACGAUGAUAGGAAUUGUGGCUGUCGCUCACCUACUGCUCUCAUCCCUUUCUACGAAUACAAUAGGACUGCUAUAAUUUGUCUUGCUCUCACUAUAACAGCAGGUAUUUCAGGUAAACGUUCCCAAAUUUAGUCAGUUUGCUUCGCAUCUGUCACCUAAAUAAAUCUUAGCAAUUCUACCCCUUACAUAUAACUUCCCAAAUUUUUUGUUAUGAAGAAGAAAAGACUAUUCAGCUAUUAAGUCUGUAAUGAUUAAGCUCCUUGGCUGAGAAGUCAAACAUCCGUCAGUAGUUUUUGAGAAAGUGUAGUAAAAAACAAGUUCCAGUAAGAAACAAGUUAAAGGCAAACUCUACCAAAGGAAGAUGCACUCCAGACAAGACAAUGUCUAAUGCUUGUGCUUUAGAGAUUCUGCCACACUUUAUAACAGUCAAAUAAUGCAUUCCACACUCAAAUCUAGUUUACUCAAGGUAUUAUUUAAUGCUGCUGAAAGAACAGCAAAAUGAGCAAACGAAAAUGAAAACAGAAGCAUGGGUUAAGACAGUUUAGAUGACAAAUAGAUGGGUCUUAGGAAGUAAUAUAUUAGUAAUACAUCAGUAUGGAAAAGAAACACAUUUAGAACAGUGUGCCCCCAUCACUGGCCCAGAAUUGGAUGGUUGUUUCUUUACAGCUUAUACAGGCAGAUUAGAAUAAAUUUAUUUACUUAAAGGCAGAGAAUCUGAUUAAAUUUAUUACUCAAAAGACAUUGUCAGCUGCUACAGGAAAUGUGAAAAGUAUGCUCUGGCAAAUUUGAAAUCAGAGUUACGUGGCUUCAUAUCAUUUAGAAGCCUACCUCCUUGAAAUGUUUUAAGAGGUUUUCCCCCCUGCUUGUACUCAAAUACAGAAAGCAAAACUGUACACAGCUUUUCUACUCUUUACUGGAGAUUUUGUUCCCAUAACAACCCACAAAUCUAAGUGUUAAGAUAACCUAAAACACAAUAUGUUUAUUUGGUUAGGUGGCAAUUCAUCAUGAAACGUACCAUCAGAAUGUUGUGAAUUAAAAGUUGUCAAUACAAAGUCAAGUAACAAAUCAACAGCAAAGCCACUUGAUCCUCAAUUUAAUUGGAAUUGCUGUUGAUUCUUUCUUUUAAUUCAAAAAUCACAUUGAGCACAGAAGUCACAUUAUGUUACUGUAUAUCUCUCAGCUCAAAGCACAUUGGAUCCAGUAACAGGACUAAAGCCAAACAACAGUUGGCAACCUGAAAAUUUGCUAAUUUAUAAGAUGCAUAUAAUUAUACACAAUCAAAAGGUUGUAAGUUCUCCCAUUAUCUGAACAUCAAAAGGACUAAAAUUAUACAGCUUAACUCAAUUGUAGAAAAGGAUCAAAUUCAGUUCUCAAAUCCUACUGAAAUUUAUACAGGACCAUAAAAACCUUCGAUCUUCUGCUUAGCUUAACAGUUUGCAAAUGUGUUGUUAAGACCUGUAGGAAUCUUAUUUCUGAUAGUGUUUCAUAAGCAUUAACAACUCCAGCUACUUGUGUGCAUAUAUUAAAGUUUAUUGAUAGCCUUCAGUUGUUAUGAAAGAUAGGGACAUACUUUCAUCCUAUUUCUAGAAGACAGUAGUCUUGGAUUCACUUGAACUUUUUAUUUAGGUAAGAAUAGAUACAGGUAGGAAAUACAAAUCUUGUGUCUGUUGGAUAUUUGAUAUAACAGGAAAUGUGGCUCACAUUUGAUACAAGCUAAAAAUGUGGCCUGUAAGGAAAUGGCUGGGUACAGUCUCCCACGAGUGGAUUCUGCCAAGCAUUUAAAUUGUCAGCUCAAACUAAGACAAAACAGAAACUAAUGUGAAGUGAUAUAAUAAUGCAACUUUAAGUAUACACCAUUUUAUUACUCAGAAGUCAUGCGAGAUGGACAGACUUCUUUAAACUCAAAGGUAGCCACGGGUUAAUUUAACAGAUUUAAUCACAUAUAUUAGCAAGUCACUUAGAAGAAAGUGAUUAUCUCUUAACACUGCCAUGCUCGUUCCACUUUCACCAAUGCUUCUCAAAGCUUUCAAGCUAAGCAGCACCCCUGGAGGGCACUAGCAGGCUCUACUCAACAGUGCUGGUUAGGGGGCACAGGGAGUUCCCAUUCUAGCAGCCAACAUUUCAGGCCCUACAGGCAUUGGGUAUUCAGGUGUCUUCACUAACUUAAACUGACUGUGAUCUUCAGCUUUUUCCAUCCUAGACAAAUACCCUACUCAGAGGGCUACAGUACAUGCUAGUCAUUCUUAGAAAAAAAAUAAAAUCAAACCAUUCUAGCAAAAAAGUGGAUAAAUAGGGGAAAAAAAUCUCAUACACAUUUUAACGUAUG